UCUCGCCCUCCCGGCAGGAUGCCGGACCAGAUCUCCGUGUCCGAGUUCAUCGCCGAGACCACCGAGGACUACAACUCACCCACCACGUCCAGCUUCACCACGCGGCUGCACAACUGCAGGAACACCGUCACGCUGCUGGAGGAGGCUCUAGACCAAGAUAGAACAGCCCUACAGAAAGUCAAGAAGUCUGUAAAAGCAAUAUAUAAUUCUGGCCAAGAUCAUGUACAAAAUGAAGAAAACUAUGCACAAGUUCUUGAUAAGUUUGGGAGCAAUUUUUUAAGUCGUGACAACCCAGAUCUUGGCACUGCUUUCGUCAAGUUCUCCACACUCACGAAGGAACUGUCCACACUGCUGAAAAACCUGCUCCAGGGUCUGAGCCACAAUGUCAUCUUCACCUUGGAUUCCUUGUUAAAAGGAGACCUAAAGGGAGUCAAAGGAGAUCUCAAGAAGCCAUUUGACAAAGCGUGGAAAGAUUAUGAGACAAAGUUCACAAAAAUCGAGAAGGAGAAGAGAGAGCACGCCAAGCAGCACGGGAUGAUCCGUACGGAGAUCACGGGGGCUGAGAUCGCGGAGGAGAUGGAGAAGGAGAGGCGCCUCUUCCAGCUGCAAAUGUGUGAAUAUCUCAUUAAAGUUAAUGAAAUCAAGACCAAAAAAGGCGUGGACCUGCUGCAGAAUCUUAUCAAGUAUUAUCAUGCACAAUGCAAUUUCUUUCAAGAUGGCUUGAAAACAGCUGAUAAACUGAAACAGUACAUUGAAAAACUGGCUGCCGAUUUAUAUAAUAUAAAACAGACCCAAGAUGAAGAAAAGAAGCAGCUAACUGCCCUUCGAGACUUAAUAAAAUCCUCGCUUCAACUUGAUCAGAAGGAAGAUUCCCAGAGCCGGCAAGGCGGGUACAGCAUGCAUCAGCUGCAGGGCAACAAGGAGUACGGCAGCGAGAAGAAGGGGUACCUGCUGAAGAAGAGUGAUGGGAUCCGGAAAGUGUGGCAGAGAAGGAAGUGUGCCGUCAAGAAUGGGAUUCUGACCAUCUCGCACGCCACAUCCAACAGGCAGCCAGCUAAACUGAACCUCCUCACCUGCCAGGUGAAACCGAAUGCCGAAGACAAGAAGUCUUUUGACCUGAUAUCACAUAAUAGGACGUAUCACUUUCAGGCAGAAGAUGAGCAGGAUUAUGUAGCGUGGAUCUCAGUCCUGACCAACAGCAAGGAGGAGGCGCUCACCAUGGCCUUCCGGGGGGAGCAGAGCGCGGGCGAGAACAGCCUGGAGGACCUGACGAAGGCCAUCAUCGAGGACGUCCAGCGGCUGCCCGGGAACGACGUCUGCUGCGACUGCGGCUCCGCAGAACCUACCUGGCUUUCAACCAACUUGGGCAUUUUGACCUGUAUAGAAUGUUCCGGCAUCCACAGGGAGAUGGGGGUUCAUAUUUCUCGCAUUCAGUCUUUGGAACUAGACAAAUUAGGAACUUCUGAACUCUUGCUGGCCAAGAAUGUAGGAAACAAUAGUUUUAAUGAUAUUCUGGAAGCAAACUUACCCAGCCCCUCACCAAAGCCCACCCCUUCCAGUGACAUGACUGCACGGAAAGAGUACAUCACGGCCAAGUACGUGGACCACAGGUUCUCCAGGAAGACCUGCUCCACCGCGUCGGCUAAACUCGAAGACCUGCUCGAGGCCAUCAAGUCUAGGGACCUGCUUGCACUCAUUCAAGUCUACGCAGAGGGCGUGGAGCUCAUGGAGCCCCUGCUGGAGCCCGGACAGGAGCUGGGGGAGACUGCCCUGCAUCUUGCAGUCCGAACUGCAGAUCACACAUCUCUCCAUUUGGUUGACUUCCUUGUACAGAACUGCGGGAACCUGGACAAGCAGACCGCCGUGGGGAACACCGUGCUGCAUUACUGCAGUCUGUACGGGAAGCCCGAGUGUCUGAAGCUGGUUCUCCGGAGCAAGCCCACGGUGGAGAUCGUCAACCAGGCUGGAGAAACUGCCCUGGACAUAGCAAAGAGGCUGAAAGCGACUCAGUGCGAAGACUUGCUCUCCCAGGCUAAAUGCGGCAAGUUCAACCCACACGUCCACGUGGAAUACGAGUGGAAUCUGCGGCAGGAGGAGAUGGACGAGAGCGAUGACGACCUGGACGACAAACCGAGCCCCAUCAAGAAGGAGCGCUCCCCAAGGCCUCAGAGCUUCUGCCACUCGGCCAGCAUCUCCCCACAGGACAAGCUGGCCCUGCCGAGCUUCAGCACACCAAGGGACAGACAGCGGCUCUCCUACGGCGCCUUCACCAACCAGAUCUUCGCCUCCACGAGCACAGACUCCCCCACGUCCCCGACUUCAGAGGCCCCCCCACUGCCUCCUAGAAAUGCCGGGAAAGGUCCAACUGGCCCACCUUCAUCACUCCCUCUAAGCUCCCAGACCUCUAGUGGCAGCUCCACCCUGUCCAAGAAGAGGCCUCCUCCCCCACCACCCGGACACAAGAGAACCUUGUCUGACCCUCCCAGCCCACUACCUCACGGGCCCCCAAACAAAGGCGCAGUUCCUUGGGGCAACGACGUGGGCCCGUCCUCUUCAAGUAAGCCGGCCAGCAAGUUUGAGGGGCUCUCUCAGCAAGCCAGCACCAGUUCUGCAAAGACUGCCCUUGGUCCAAGAGUUCUUCCUAAACUACCUCAGAAAGUGGCCCUAAGGAAGACAGAAACCAUCCAUCACGUCUCCCUAGACAAAGGCAGCGUCCCGCCCGAAAUCUUCCAGAAAUCAUCCCAGGUGGCAGAUUUGCCCCAGAAGCCACCGCCUGGAGAUCUACCCCCUAAACCCACAGAACUGGCCCCCAAGCCCCAAAUUGGAGAGUUGCCACCUAAGCCGGGAGAACUGCCCCCCAAACCACAGCUGGGUGACCUGCCACCCAAACCCCAGCUCUCAGACUUACCUCCCAAGCCUCAGAUGAAGGACCUGCCCCCGAAGCCCCAGCUUGGAGACCUGCUGGCCAAAUCCCAGGCUGGGGAGGUGUCACCCAAGGCCCAGCAGCCAUCGGACGCCCCUCAGAAGUCACACCCUGCAGAUCUGUCCCCGAAUCUGCAGUCCAGAGACACCCUCCAAAAACAGGCCUCUGAAGACUCCAACGAGCUCACACCCACCCUGCCGGAGACCCCCGUCCCACUGCCCAGGAAGAUCAACACGGGGAAGAAUAAAGUGAGGCGCGUGAAGACCAUCUACGACUGCCAGGCAGACAAUGACGAUGAGCUGACAUUCCUCGAGGGGGAGGUGAUUGUCGUCACCGGGGAGGAGGACCAGGAGUGGUGGAUCGGGCACAUCGAAGGACAGCCUGAACGGAAGGGGGUCUUCCCCGUGUCCUUUGUGCACAUCCUGUCCGACUAG